AUGUACAUAUGUAUAAACCCCAAACGCACGCACGCGUACAAUACAAUACAGUUAAACGAAUAGGACGGAGAGCAAUUCAUAUUCGUGACUAACAGUAAAUAAUCUACAUUUGUAUUGAUGAGAAAUUAGUGCCGUAAAACAAAAUCCAACGAAAGGGAAUAUAUAGUGUUUUGUUCGAUGUUCGUUUACCAAAGACUUUCAUAAAAAAUACUAGGGUAUUUUCGAAGACAGAAUAGCUGUGAAGCCAUCACUAAAGAACUUGACAAGUUUUACUACUUUUAGUGAAAUUUAUUUUCAAAAUGGCAGCUACGAGAAGAUUGCAAAAGGAACUUGGUGAUUUAAGAGCUUCGGCAAUGAAAAAUUUUACAAAUAUUCAAGUAGAUGAAUCGAAUAUUCUCACUUGGCAAGGUCUCAUACUACCGGAUAAUCCACCAUAUAAUAAAGGAGCAUUUCGCAUUGAAAUAAAUUUUCCCGCAGAGUAUCCUUUUAAGCCUCCAAAGAUAAACUUUAAAACAAAAAUAUAUCAUCCAAAUGUGGAUGAGAAAGGGCAAGUGUGCUUACCAAUUAUAAGUGCUGAAAACUGGAAACCAGCUACAAAGACAGACCAAGUUGUACAAGCUCUGAUAGCAUUAGUAAAUGAUCCUGAACCAGAGCAUCCUUUAAGGGCAGAUCUUGCAGAAGAAUUUUUAAAGGAUAGAAAAAAGUUUUUAAAAAAUGCAGAAGAGUUCACAAAAAAGCAUGCAGAAAAAAGGCGGGAAUCAUCAUCUUCUAACGAAUAACCACGAGUGACCAAUUUUACUCACCAUGAUGCCUGCCACUCGUCAGCUAAUUUAAUUCAAACCAUGAUAGACUUCUCUGUUACAUGAAAAGCAAGUUGAAUAAGAUACAUGUGUACAGUAUUGGUUAACUACUGACAAUGAUAUUAAUAUGUGCAAAUUGUAAUGUUUAUAAAGUGGAUAAACAAAUUUUUCAGAGCAAAGUAAAAAUAUAAUAAACUAACUGUAUGAUAUUGUAUACAAUUUGUAUUUUGAAGUUGUUAUAUGGAUAUGCGAUCCAUAUGAUUUUAGGAAGCAUAAAAAACAUCACCUGCUCUUUUUUCUGUUGAAAGCAAAGCAAUUAUAGUUCAUUGUGACAAAUACGACAUAGAGUAAUGUAUUUACCUUCAAUGUUAAGAAAUUACAAACAUGUUAACUCUUCAAA